UCCCUCCAAUUCAACCUGGGAUGAAAUUCAACCAGGAAUAGUCUCUCAGAAACGAAGUCAGAGAUCUGAAUCAACGCCGCUGGUAACUUUUUCCGACAGAGGGAAAUGACAUAAAUACCCGCGUUUCUUUAUAAAAUGUUCGAUUAUAACUUGGGGGUUCCAUUUCAAAUUUUGCGGCGGUUUUUCGUACUACCAAACUCAGUUCAGCUGAUUUGGAUUCAUAAGUUUCGAGGUUUUUAAAGCUCAAACCUUCAGUCAAAACUUCGGCAAGGACAUGUGUAUCUCACCAAUCAAAGUUUUUUUGUUGCCGCAAUUUACUUAGUCAACGAGGUCACAGAAGCUUUCGCUUUAAGCUUGCAUCGGAUAAAGAUACUGGCCCUGCUCGAGAACUUGUACAUGAAAGUGUAGCUGGGUUCAAUGGAAAGUACUAGCAGUAGUAGUAAUGUCAGAAACAAUCAAUGGAAGGCUGAAGAAGCCAUUGCUGGAAAUGCUCAAGCACUUGAAGCUCUUAGAGAACUCAUCAUCUACCCAAUGCAUUAUUCUGAGGAGGCUCAAAAACUCGGUCUUAAAUGGCGGAGAGGAUUACUCUUGUAUGGUCCACCUGGUACCGGAAAGACAAGUUUGGUCCGUGCUGUUGUUAGAGAAUGUGACGCUCAUUUGGUUUUGAUCAGUCUUCACACUGUUCACAGACCAUACGCUGGUGAAAGUGAGAAAAUCCUGCAUGAAGCUUUUGCAGAAGCAUCAUCUAAGGCAACUUUAGGCAAGCCAUCAGUUAUAUUUAUCGAUGAGAUUGAUGCGCUGUGUCCUCGUCGUGACUCAAGGAGAGAGCAGGAUGCCCGCUUAGCUUCUCAACUUUUUACAUUGAUGGAUUCCCUUAAACCCUCACAAACAUCUACUUCUCAAGUUUUUGUUGUGGCGUCAACAAACAGAGUGGAUGCAAUUGAUCCAGCACUAAGAAGGUCAGGGCGUUUUGAUGCUGAAAUUGAAGUUACAACACCUACCGAAGAGGAGCGCUUUCAAAUCCUCCAGCUUUACUCAAAAAAGCUUCCACUGGACUCCAGUGUCGACCUGCAAGCCAUAGCUGCAUGGUGCAAUGGAUACGUUGGAGCAGAUUUAGAAGCUUUGUGUUGGGAAGCUGCAAUGUCUGCAGUUAGGAGAUCUUCAGACACAAGUAAAGAUGGUUCAAUAUCUAGCUUAACAUUGGACGACUGGAACCAUGCAAGAUCAGUGGUUGGUCCAAGCAUAACAAGAGGUGUUACAGUCGAAAUCCCUAAGGUGUCGUGGGAUGAUAUUGGAGGUCUAAACGAUUUAAAGAAAAAACUUCAGCAAGCGGUUGAGUGGCCUAUUAAACAUGCUGAGGCAUUUGAGAGGUUGGCCAUAUCACCAGUACGUGGGGUUCUUCUACAUGGACCUCCUGGAUGCUCAAAGACUACCCUAGCCAAGGCUGCCGCACAUGCUGCUCAAGCUUCAUUUUUCUCUUUGAGUGGUGCAGAAUUGUAUUCGAUGUAUGUUGGAGAAGGAGAAGCUUUAUUACGGAAUACAUUUCAAAGGGCUAGACUUGCAGCACCUAGUAUAAUAUUCUUUGAUGAGGCUGAUGUGGUUGCUAGCAAGCGAAGUGAUAGCUCAAGCAACAGUGCCGCUAUUGGUGAGAGACUUCUAUCUACUUUGCUAACUGAAAUGGAUGGCUUAGAACAGGCUAAGGGAAUUCUUGUAUUGGCUGCUACAAAUCGUCCUCAUGCUAUUGAUGCUGCACUUAUGCGGCCUGGUCGCUUUGAUUUGGUUCUUUAUGUACCACCACCUGAUCUAGAAGCUCGCUAUGAGAUAUUGCGUGUGCAUACCUGUAAUAUGAAGGUUAGCGAUGAUGUUGAUCUUAGGCAGGUUGCAGAAGAGACCGAUCUUUUCACUGGUGCUGAACUAGAAGGUCUUUGUAGAGAAGCUGGAAUGGUAGCUCUUAGGGAAGAUAUCACUGCAGCAGUAGUUCUCAAUCGUCAUUUCCAAACUGUGAAGGAAUCAUUAAAACCUGCCUUAAUUAGAGAAGCAGUCGAUAAGUACGCUUCUUUUAAGAAAAACCCUUAUUCUCGGUCAACAAAGGAAUGCAGACUGAACCAGAAGCAGCAGCAGACGAGCAAGUUUCCAGAAAACCUAAUGAGUCAUAUAAAAGUUGGGGCAGUUACCUUUGUACUAGCCUAUGUUGGUUGCCGUUUUUUGAAAAGCAGAUCAUACAUGAAAAUAUAGUUCCCGUCAAAUGAGCACCAGUGAAAAGAUUAUUGGCUGUAUAGCUUGUACUCAAAAGUAAUCUUUGUUUCAGGUCUGAGUGAGUGUGCGCACUUUUAUUUGAAUUAAAGGUCAAUAGGAGCGUAAUGUGGACAAGUUUCUAAAGUGCUCAUGUGAAAUUCAAUCUUAGGUGGUAUAUAAUAUCGGCACACUUUAGGUGUGUCAAUUGAAGUGAAGUCAUGAACAGUGGUCUGGUUACUUUUGGCGACGGACAAUGAAAUGGGUACUUGGUGA